GCCCAAAAGUCGAAUGAGAAUUGGAAUUGGACGUAAAGCAUAUAAUUGGUGUUGUGCAGUUAAUUUUCUUGAAUAAAAGGGGUUUUGAAUUAAUUAUACCAACGUUGAAAUAACUAUAUAAUGGAGCUCGCAGCCUCAGCACGUUGUGGUAUUAAAAUGUUGCAGCUUGUACAACCUCCGGCUAUGCAAGCAUUAUUGCAAAUGCAGUCUCAGCAGUUGCGUCACAGGCAAACGAAACACUGGAAUCCGAAAUUCAAAAAGCUGCGCGCACAAAAAUUUGUUAAGUUGGACUUACCUAAUUUUCAUGAGAAACCUGGCGAUUUGACGCAAGAAGAAAUACGUAGUCGUUUAAAGGAACGUGGUGUGCUACCACCUCGUCCUUGGCUCGAGCGCCCAUUCCAUAUUAGUUGCACCGGCGGUAUUUUUGAAGCUUACGUACCGCCAGAGGGUGAUGGCAAAAAGUCAUUCAUUUCUUCAGUGGGUGCCAAACAAAAGCUUGAAUUUCUCGAAAAGAAAUCGAAAAGUGUUAUGGCAGUACGUAAAAUACGCUCAUAUGAAGAGGAAUUCAGCACUGAUGACUUCGCUAGUGAAGCGCAGGAUAUUUAUAUAGCAGCGCAUAAUCAAAUGGCAGCGAAAAAUAAACAUCAGCUACGUGAAUUCGUAACCGAACGUUGUUAUCCAGAAAUGAUGCAUAAUGUACGUGAUAAGACCAUUCAUUGGCGUUUCUUACAAUCGUUGGAACCACCACGUCUAGUGCAUGCUCGUGUUACUGAUAUCGUUAGCAAAGAAAAUUUAUAUGCACAAGUUACGGUGCGUUUUCAUACACAGCAAAUGCUGGCUAUUUACGAUCGCUUUGGUCGUUUGAUGCAUGGUAGCGAAAUAUUAGCUAAGGAUGUACUGGAAUAUGUAGUCUUUGAAAAGCAUAUUUCCAAUGAAUAUGGCAAGUGGCGUUUACACGAUAAAAUCAUACCAGAUUGGUUGCCAGCAAAGGAACCGGCACCAAUUACCUAUCGCGUAAUUGAAGAACCCGAAGAGGCAGUAGAACUUCUUGCUGAAGGUGAUAAGAAAUUGGAAGCAGGUGCAGAAAAACAGAAUCAAGAGCAUUUGGAUAAUAUUGAAUCGGCCGCACCAGUGUCGGCUGUAGAGGGUGCAAACGAAAACAAAGCGGUUAAAUCGACGACGGCAAGUCCGUCCAUUUGAUUGUACUAUUUGUUGGCAGGUUUAAGAAUCAAAAUGCUGGAUUAUCGAAAAAUACAAUAAAAGUGGUUACUGUACUAAAAUAAUGUACUAACGUA